GCCACAAUGAAGAAUUUAAGCGGUGUUUUAGUGUUCACUCUCUCUGGGUUUAGUGAAAUAACAGAAACUCAAUACAUGCUCUUCAGCAUAACCCUGUUAUGUUACAUUGUAAUUUUGUGGUUCAAUAUGACUAUUAUUGUCACUAUAAUAUUAAAUAGAAGACUACAUGAACCAAUGUACAUUUUCCUGUGUAAUCUGUGUAUUAAUGCCCUUUAUGGAACUACUGGCUUCUAUCCCAAAUUCAUGUAUGAUCUACUGUUUGAGUUCCAGGUGAUUUCAUAUGCAGGAUGUCUCACACAAGCUUUUGUCAUUUAUUCGUCAGUUUUAUGUGACUUUUCAACUUUAGCAAUAAUGGCAUAUGACAGGUAUGUGGCAAUAUGCAGGCCAUUAGAAUAUCACACAAAAAUGACAAACUACACAGUUAUGAAAUGUAUUCUUUUUUCAUGGCUUGCCCCAUUCUUUUGCAUAUCUACUGCCAUAGUUUUAACAACCAGACUUACUUUGUGUGGGUCCAUUAUUGAAAAACUUUAUUGUGAAAUCUGGGCAGUUGUGAAGCUGUCAUGUUCUUCUACAACAGUAAAUAAUGUAUAUGGACAUAUAUUAAUUCUUGUAUAUUUCUGUCAUGCAAUAUUUAUUUUUUGUUCAUAUAUCAGACUAGUCGGUGCUUGUCAGAAGUCAGCUGAAAGCAGGAAAAGAUUCAUGCAGACAUGUAUUCCACAUAUGCUUGUCUUGCUCAAUUUUACUGUUGCUACAUUAUUUGAUGUGCUGUACAGCAGGUAUGGAUCAACAAAUUUCCCCCAAAGUCUGCGUAAUUUUUUGGCCUUGGAGUUCCUUAUUAUACCUCCGAUUGUAAACCCCAUCAUUUACGGACUAAAACUUACCAAAAUUCGUGAACAAGUUCUAAGAUUUCAUUAG